AUGAGAGGAAUACAACUGUCGUUAAAUCAAACGCAGAAGCCAAGGCUAGAGAGGGCAUUGGAGCGGUUGGAAUCAUUGUCGUCGAAGUCCAACCCUAAUGCUUCCGUCACCGUCGCCGACACCAUCCCCGUCAACUAUGAAGACGGAGUUCUCAAGGGGCACGGGACGUCCGAGCUCGAUGGCCAGGUGGUUGCGACGUUGUGUGGAGUGGUUGAGCGUGUCAACAAGCUCGUCUACGUUCGUGCUUUGAGGGCCAGGUAUAAGCCUGAAGUUGGGGAUAUCAUAGUAGGCCGCGUUAUGGAGGUUGCUCCCAAGCGCUGGAGAUUGGAGAUAAAUUUUAGCCAAGAUGCAGUAUUGAUGCUUUCUUCAAUGAACUUGCCGGAUGGCGUCCAGAGGCGGCGAACUGCAGUUGAUGAACUCAACAUGCGCACCAUUUUUGAAGAGAAUGAUGUGAUUUGUGCUGAAGUUCGUGGUUUUCAGCAUGAUGGCAGCUUACACCUGCAAGCAAGAAGCCAAAAGUAUGGAAAGCUUGAGAGAGGUCAGUUGCUCACAAUUUCCCCUUAUCUGGUGAAGAGACGGAAACAACAUUUCCACCACCUAGAGCAGUAUGGAAUUGACUUGGUACUUGGAUGUAACGGGUUCAUCUGGGUUGGUGAACAUGUUGAAGCUAAAGAUGACAUGGUAGAGGAUCAAGCAAACAAAUCUGAGCAACAGAAUUCCAAAUCCACAAGUUCACCGAAUCUUGAAGAACAAGAACAAACUUACACACCACUGGAGAUUAGGCAAAAUAUAUGCAGAACGGCAAAUGCAGUCAGAGUAUUGUCCAAUUUAGGCUUCAAUAUUACUGUAGAAGCGAUCAUGGAGACAGUUAACUUGAGCAGCACUCUGAAUCUCGAUAUACAUGAGAUGCUUGGAGCAGAGUUCUGUGUUCUGACUGCUGAGAGAGAAGCAGAACGUCGAAGCAUGUUGACCAAAAGGAAAGGGUAA